UCUGCCACCACCAUGCUGGAUGAGGUGUUUCUAACAGCCACACCAGCAGGGGGCAGCAGCGGCCAGUCGCUCUGUUUCCGGUGAGCCUCCUGGCAACAGGCUGAGCUGACAGACAACAUCCGGUCUGCGUGUCCUGCUGCUGCUCGUCCCUGCAGGUGAAACUGGACUCAGCCUGUCUGACAUGGAGCCGCGCUGUCUGAAGAGGAGGGUGACGGGAUGCUCUCUGGACGUCCACCCCACUGAGAAGGCUCUGGUGGUCCAGUACGAGGUGGAGGCCACCAUACUGGGAGAACUGGGAGAACCGGUGGUGGAAGAGCGAAAAGACUGUCAGAAAAUGAUCCGCCUGAAGAGCCUGAACGCCAACACGGACACGGCUUCUCUGGCCCACAAGGUGGUGGAGGAAUGUCAACUCAUCCAUCCGUCCAGACUGGCCGAGGUGGAGCAGCUGCUCUUCUACCUGCAGAACCGGAAACAGAGCAGCGACAACCAGCAGAAGAAGAACGUCUCGCCUCGGGACUUCGCGCUGUACGCCGGAGUGGAGCUGGAGGAGGCGAGCAUCGGCGGCAUCGACGAGUACGUGGAGCUGCUGUACGAAGAGAUCCAGGAGAAGAUCCAUGGCGCCGCGCUCAUCUUCCAGCUGGCCCAAAACCCGGAUAACCUGGAGGAGCUGAUGCAGCAUGAGGCGGUACUGGGAGCGCUGGCCAGAGUGCUGAGAGAGGACUGGAAGCAGAGCGUUGACCUGGCAACCACCAUCGUUUCCGUCUUCUUCUGCUUCUCCAGCUUCUCCCAGUUUCACAGGCUGGUGACCCACUUCAAGAUCGGCGCCGUCUGCAUGAACAUCACGGAGCACGAGCUGAAGCGCUGCGAGUUGUGGCAGGACGAGCUGCAGAAGAAGAAGAAGGCCGCUGACGAGUUCCCCGACAACCAGAGUCUUAGGAAGGAUCUCGACAAGUCGCUGAGGAAGUACCGGAGUCUGCUGGCCAAGCAGGAGAAGCUACUCAAAGUGUCUCUGUAUCUACUGCUGAAUCUGGCCGAGGACACGCGGACCGAGCUGAAGAUGAGGAACAAAAACAUCGUCCAGAUGCUGGUGAAGCUGCUGGAGCGCGACGACCAGGAGCUGCUGCUGGUGGCCGUGAACUUCCUCAAGAAGCUCUCCAUCUUCCUGGAGAACAAGAACGACAUGGCGGAGGCGGCCGCCGUGGAGAAGCUGGCCCGCCUGCUCCCCUGCGACCACCAGGAGCUCCAGAGCGCCACCUGUCGGCUGCUGCUCAACCUGUCCUUCGACACGGCGCUGCGCGGCCAGAUGGUCCGGGUCGGCCUCGUUCCCAGGCUCUCCUCUCUGCUGGCUGACGAGGUGCAGAGGCAGCGGGCCGUGUGCGUCCUGUACCACAUCAGCAUGGACGACGCAUUCAAGUCCGUGUUUGCUCACACCGACUGCAUACCGCAGCUGAUGAAGAUCAUGCUGGGCGGUGAGGAGCAGCUGGACGUGGAGCUCGUCUCGCUCUGCAUCAACCUGGCUGCCAACUGGAGCAACGCUCUGCUCUUCUGUGAAGGGAACGGCCUGAAGCUGCUGAUGAACCGGGCUCUGAAGCUGAAGGACGUUCUGGUGAUGAAGGUGAUCAGGAACCUGUCUCAACAUGGUGGACCCACCAAGAACCUGUUCCUGGACCACGUUGGCGACCUGGCGGCCCAGAUCCGCGAAGACGAGGCCGAAGAGUUUGUGAUCGAGUGUCUGGGAACGCUGGCCAACCUGACCAUCCCGGACUUGGACUGGGAGCUGGUUCUGAGGGAGUACGGCCUGGUUCCGUACCUAAAGCGGCGCCUGAAGCCAGGCUCUGCUGAGGACGACCUCAUCCUGGAGGUCGUCAUCCUGAUCGGCACCGUCUCCAUGGACGACUCUUGUGCCGCCAUGUUGGCCAAAUCCGGCAUCAUUCCUGCUCUCAUCGAUCUCCUCAACGCCCAACAGGAGGACGACGAGUUUGUCUGCCAGAUUCUCUACGUCUUCUACCAGAUGGCGUUCCACAAGACGACCAGAGACAUCAUCAUCAAAGACACGCAGGCUCCGGCGUACUUCGUUGACCUGAUGCACGACGGCAACGCGGCCAUCCGCAGAGUGUGUGACAGCACCCUGGACAUCAUAGCGGAAUACGACCUGGAGUGGGCCAGGAAGAUCCAGACGGCCAAAUUCUGCUUCUACAACAGCCAGUGGCUGGAGAUGGUGGAGAACCGGCCGCCGGACGAGCCCUUCCUGUUCGGAGACGAGCCCUUCCUGUUCGGAGACGAGCCCUUCCUGUUCGGAGACGAGCCCUUCAGCGGGAACCGGGCCGUGCUGGAGCGGCCGGACCUGUUCUACGCCGCAGACGGGAUUCUCUCCGGAGACGGAUCCGUCAGCCCUGGUUUCUACGCAGAGAUCCAGAGCGAUGAGCUGGGAGAGGCGGAAAACCUGAGCAGGUUCUGGUUCUUAUGCUGGUUCUGGUUCUCUUUGUCCUUCAGCAGUUUGGACCAGUUCAUCCCGUCAGUUUCCGGCCCGAUGAGCAGAUCUUCUACAGCUACAGCGCCAACGCUUCCCGGUAAACCCGGAUCCUUCCCCAAGGUCUGGGACUUGGACUAGGCCUUCUGGUUUUCCUUUGUGUCUGUAAGAAACCAGAACCUGGAUGGUUCUGGUUCCGUUUGAAACCUCCUGCGAGAGAGGAACUGCGUUGGGGUCAAAGUUAAUUCAUAUUUAGGGUUUCUAAGUGGUUGGGUCUCAUUUCCCUGAUCGAUUCUCUAAUCCCAAAAAUCUCAAAGCCCGCAGCACCACCAGCCUCCACCAUGUGGGAAACUGGGUCUAGUUAAAGUCCGAUUGUGUGUGGUUAAACCGCUUUAAAGGGCCCGUUACUGUGGCAACUGCAGACGGGCAACUCAAAUGCUCCUGAUCAAAACAUGUAGAAGCAAAAGAUCAACAGUCCGAAUGUUCGGCAGAACCAGAACCGGGCCACAACAGAACCUUUGAGUUUCCACAGGAGAUCAUAAAAAAGUAGAUUUUGAUUCAGACAAAUUGAAAAUAUUUAAUCCAUAAACAGCAUAAAUAUAUUUAUUACAUGUAUUUAAUGUUAUUAAUCUGGAUCAUUGAAACUAUAAAUGACAUUUUGAAUUCAAGAGGAUAAAACUCCAGCAGUGAAAAUAAAAAAUAUUUUCCUUUUUUUCUUUGUUUUUAUGGCUUCAAUGUUUUGACUUGUUUUGUCCAAAAUGUCCCGAUCCGACCCAGACUGACCCAAUCCGACCCGGUGUAGAACUUUAAUGUCUGGCUGAUGUCUGGAUCUCUUACCUUUCAGCCUCACUGGUUCUGAUGCAGCAGGUCCGGUUUUGAUGGGUGUCCAAUGUGCGGCGCGGGGGCCAUUUUGUGGACAGAUUGGUCACAAGUGAAGGCUUUUAUUUUGAAAUUGAAAUGUUUCUGUGCUGAUAAAUCACUGCGGCUCAAUCUGCUGCUAGUUUCAUCAACUUAAAUAAAAAAACAA